AUGCAACUCCAGUUCCUCGGCGCAAACCGUCAGGUCACCGGCUCACGCUACGUCCUCCGCGCCGCAGAUCGCACGAUUAUGAUCGACUGCGGGAUGUUCCAGGAGCGCGAGCACCUCUCGCGCAACUGGGACCCCUCCCCCGUCCCGCCGGGGGAGGUGGACGCACUCCUGCUCACCCACGCCCACCUCGACCACUGCGGCCUCAUCCCCCGCUUCGUCGCCGAGGGAUACAGCGGACCGAUCCUCGCCACCCCCGCAACCAUCGACCUCGCGACGAUCGUCCUCGAAGACUCCGCGCAAAUCCACGUCGAGGACGCCUCGUACAAGAAACGGCGGCACGAACGCGAGAAACGCAAGGGGCCGCACCCCGAGAUCCCCCUCUAUACACCCGCCGAUGCCCAGGCGGCGCUCAAGCUCUUCCAGCCCGUCGAAUACGACACCCCCAUCUCGCUGGGCCACGGCAUCGAGGCUCGCUACCACGACGCCGGCCACAUCCUCGGCUCCGCCCUCAUCGAGCUGUUCGUCUCCGAUGGCCCGCGGACCAGCCGCAUCGUCUUCUCGGGCGACCUCGGCCACGACGACCACCCCCUCAUGCGCGACCCGCACCCGAUCAACCGCGCCGACUGCAUCACCAUGGAGUCCACCUACGGCGACCGCGACCACCACCGCGCCCCGGACGUCAUGAACGAACUCGCAAAGAUCGUGAACGACACGGUCGAGCGCAAGGGCAACGUCGUCAUCCCCACAUUCGCCAUCGAUCGCGCCCAGGAGCUGAUGUACCUCUUCAGCGAGCUCGUCCGCGACGAGAAGAUCCCCCGCCUCACCGUCUUCAUCGACAGCCCCAUGGCCAUCGACGCGACGAACAUCUACCAGAAGCACCCGCACCUCUUCAACGAGGAAGCCCGCGCCCUCUUCGAGCAGGGACGCCACCCCUUCCAGUUCCCCGGCCUCCACUUCGUGAAGUCCGCCGACGAAUCCAAAGCCAUCAACGCCAUCCGCGGGUCGUGCGUCAUCCUCGCCGGAUCCGGCAUGUGCACCGGCGGCCGCAUCAAGCACCACCUCCGAAACAACAUCAUCCACGACGAAUCGACCGUCCUCUUCGUCGGCUACCAGGCCCGCGGCACGCUCGGGCGACGCAUCGUGCAGGGCGACCCGACCGUCCGCAUCCACGGACGCGAGUACAACGUCAACGCGAAGAUCCGCGAGCUCCACGGCCUCUCCGCGCACGCCGACCGCACCGGGCUUAUGAGCUGGCUCCGCCACUUCAAAGAGCCGCCCGACAAGCUCUUCCUCACCCACGGCGAAGAGGAAGCGGCGAUGAGCCUGAAGAAACACGUCGAGGAACAGCUCGGCUGGCGUGUGGACGUGCCGGAGUACGAGGCCAGAGCGGACAUCUAA